GCGGGGGGCCGCCGCGCCGGCCGCGCAGUGUGCCGGCGACCGUUGACUGUGCUGUGUCGCGCGCGCUGCGACCAACCGCACCCCGAAACGACAAACUCACACCAACAACAACUUUAGUUCCUCAUUAACAGUUACAGUGGGUGUUUUGGUGUAAUAACGUAGUUACUUGUGUUUUGACUGAUCGCACUCAAGUGUAACAAGUUCUAAGUUCUGGAUACUGGACAAGUGAUUAAAAGUGACUGCGUGCUAUGCCGCAAUUAACAGUUUAGCUGCGUUCUGCGGGCGAUGCUCACAGGAGAGCAUGUGAUGCCGGCCUUUGACGCCCGGCGCCAUGCCCACGCCGCUGCAGCCCGGCGGCCCCGCUAGCGGCCCGCCCCCGGAGCGCAAGCGGCGCCGCAAGCGCGACGAUCCGCAGAGUUCAGCCGCGCUCGAACCCGACGACGACGACGGCGACAUGAGUCCCGAGGAAGAACCGCGCAACGCGCCCGCGGCACCCGCGGCGCCCACCCCCGCGCCCUCCUCUGCGCCCGCGCCAACCUCACCCCCUGCCGCGCCCGACGCCGUUGAUCUCACCUCGCACCGAGAUUCUCCGCCGCUCUCCUCCGAUGUAGAACGAUUCGAUGGCAAGAUCGUCUACAAUCCUGAUGGAUCCGCCUACAUCAUCGAGGACCCCGAAUUGUCAGAAGGAGAAACGAGCAUACCCGAUCUACCCAAAAUAGAACCCGGGUGCAUCGUGGACAGUCGCGACAACAACGUCGUGGAGAGACAGCUCGAUUUCCCACAGAUAGCGAGCGCGUUCUACGUGUCAAGAAACCCUUCAUUAUACGGCGCGCUUUACGGAAGACUGGCAGCAGAGCGGGCGCGGGCGAGACCCGAUGCGCCCGUUAUGCACAGUUAUCGAGUAUUUAGUUUUCGAGGGGGAAAAGACGUUCCUAGACCGCCAUCUCCUCCAGCUGAGUGUCCCGUCAGCGUGCCAGUCAAACCGAUCUUAAUGUGUUUUAUAUGUAAAUUAAGUUUUGGCUAUGCAAAAUCAUUUGUAGCGCAUGCGCAAGCGGACCAUAGUUUAUCGUUACUGGACUCUGAAAGAGACGCCUUAUCAAGAGAGAAUGCCUCAGCUAUUAUCCAAUGCGUAGGCAAAGAUAAAGAACCACUAGUCUCAUUUUUAGAACCUGUAGGUGCUGCUGCGCCACCUCGAUUAUCAUCUUCAGGAAGCCCUAACAUGACGGAAUUACCGAGCCCGUCGCUAGAUAAGCGACAAGAUUUAAUGACGACCGACAGAGAUACCGAAUCAAUGCUACUAAAUGGUACAUGCGAUGAUAGGAAGCCAAGCCCAACAUCGGCGUGGAGACCGCCACGAUCAAUAGCUGAAUCUUUAAUGCCACAACAUUCCUUGAUCUCCGUGGCACAUCCACACACGAUAAAUGCAUCAGUACAACCACGGGCUAGUCCCAAUUCAUCCCCACCGUUUCAAGCGACUCCCCCUGCCUUCCUCUCUGGCACGACGAUAGGUGUGUGUCCAGACCAUCUUGGAGGAAGGCCUUCAGGAGCUGACUGUCCAAAAUGUGAACUAAUAUUGAAUUCUGGAAGAUUAGGUGGCCCGCUAGCCGGUAUGCACAGCCGAAAUUCCUGUAAAACCUUGAAAUGUCCUAAAUGUAAUUGGCAUUACAAAUACCAAGAGACCCUAGAAAUACAUAUGAAAGAGAAACAUCCUGAAGCUGAAACGAGCUGUAUUUACUGCAUAGCUGGUCAGCCUCAUCCACGGCUCGCACGUGGGGAAACCUACACCUGUGGAUACAAACCAUAUCGAUGUGAAGUGUGCAAUUACUCAACUACGACAAAGGGCAACCUAAGUAUACAUAUGCAAUCAGACAAGCAUUUAAAUAAUAUGCAAGAGCUUCAAAACGGUGGAAACCCUGGAGAAGGUACUUUACCACCAGCGCCACAACAUACGCCUCCGGGCCCUCACAAGCCGCCUCUGCCACAUCAUUCACCAUUAGGUCAAAAACCAAAGCCUACUUUCCGCUGCGAUGUCUGUAACUAUGAGACAAAUGUAGCUCGUAACCUAAGAAUACAUAUGACUUCAGAAAAGCAUACACAUAACAUGCUGGUGCUACAACAAAAUGUAAAACAUAUGCAGACUUUAUCAGCACUCCAUCACAGACAACAAAGCCAACAACAACUUGAAAGCUUACUUCAUUUCCAUGGAGGUGAUGCUCCGCCACCCAAUCCUGAGGCAGCUCUCGCUGAUAUGGCUUAUAACCAAGCGCUUAUGAUUCAACUGAUGACUGGAGGACCUGGCCCUUCGCCACCUGAACUAGGUGCCCAUCUAGAUGUCGGUUUAAAUCCAGAGGCCAUGGAACCACCACCAGAGCCAGCAGACCCAGAGCCAGAGAGAACGUACCACUGUUGCAUCUGCAAUUGUUUCUCAACAGACUCCUUAGAAGCGCUAGGUCAUCAUCUGGCCCAAGACCGAACAAAGAUCAGAGAACAGGAGAUUUUGGCUUUAGUUGCAGGACAUUACGUUUGCAAACUCUGCACCUACAAAACCAAUUUAAAGGCCAACUUCCAGCUUCAUUGUAAAACUGACAAGCAUUUGCAAAGGCUGCAGCAUGUAAACCACGUGAAAGAAGGUGGUCCAAGGAACGAAUGGAAACUGAAGUUCUGCGGAGGUGUAGGAACAGGUGGAGCGAGCGUUGGUGGAGUGCAAGUGAGAUGUUGUGCCUGUGACUAUUAUACCAAUUCUGCGCACAAGCUGCAGCUUCACGCUGCCGGUGCGAGACACGAGGCUGCUGCCUUACUAUUGAGACAUCUUCGCGAGUGUGCGGCGCGUAUGCCUCGAGAGCGACCACGAGUGUACCGCUGUGCUCUCUGUGGCUUCGGAGCCCCUCAUCGCCUCCCACUACUGCAACAUGUUCGAUCUGUCAAACAUCUACAGAUGGAACAAAUUCAUCAGUUACAGCGUAGAUCUGAGGGCAAAGAUCCAACGCCUGAUGUCGCGGAGUUAUUCCAAGUCAUCCCUCAACCGACUGAGUUGACCAGCCCAUAUGAUCAACAAGAUAACGACUCUAAGGAGCCAAUUGACCAGAAACCUGAGUUGACUCAAGAGCAAAAGAUGAUGAGAUUUUUGGAACAACAUCAGCAACAGCAACAACAGCAACAGCAGCAACAACAACAACAAACGCAGCAACAUGUCCAACCACCAACUCAGCAAAGCGCCAAUGAGAGAGAGGAAGAACGUGAAACUCCGGGACCACACACGUGUCCUUAUUGCAACUUCAGUUGCUCGAACGAGUCUCGCCUACACGCACACGUUAGCUCCGUACAUGGCGAUCCUUCACGACAUUUUAUUUGCCCUCUUUGCCAAGAUGGCUUCAAGGAACGACCAGCCCUCGAAAGACAUGUCAUGCAAAUUCAUUCCGUGAACUCUGAAGGCCUACAGAGGUUGUUAUUACUUGUUGACCAGAGCCAUUGGUUGAACGGCGGAACCCAAGGUCAAAGAGACGAAUCUCGACAAGGGGAUGAUGAGCGAGAGAUUUCCUCACCUCGAUCAGAAGGCAGCGCAGAUGGCGAAACGGAAAGAUGCUCAACAUGCAACCGUACUUUCCGUAAUGUUGAUGAAUUAUGUCAACAUCAGAAUGAGUCCGGUCAUCUUGAACUGAAGCAAACUCCUCAAGGGCCGGGCUACGUGUGCUGGAAGAAAGGAUGCAAUCGCUACUUUGACGCAGCUCAUGCGCUUCAAAAUCAUUUUAGAGAAGCUCACGCUCGUAAUUCCAUCGCAAACAUGUCGGUUUCUGAGAAACAUGUGUACAAGUACCGUUGCAAUCAAUGCAGUCUAGCAUUUAAGACGAUUGAAAAACUACAACUGCAUUCACAAUAUCACGUUAUCAGAGAUGCAACAAAAUGUGUCUUAUGCGGAAGGAGUUUUAGAUCUGUGUUGGCUCUUCAAAAGCACGUCGAAACUUCUCACCCUGAGCUAUCCGAAGAAGAGCUUAGUGCAUUCAAGCGCAGCUUAGCGUCUAACCCGCUAUUACAAGCUGCUCAAGGCACAGCUUUGGAUGCUGCAACUGCGGAGCUUUUACGCAAGGAAGCUUUAAGAACGCCUGAUGAUGACUUAGCAGAUAUGGAAGACAGAGACUCAAGUGCAACCGUUGCUGAUGAGUCCGGACAUAAUGACGCUGAAAACUCGGAUGAUUCAAUUAUUUACAAAGACCAACAAUUCUUGGAAGAUUACCUAAACUCCCAGUCAAUGGCGGAAGAUUCUUAUAAUGAUCCGAACAGAAAGUACAAAUGUCAUCGAUGCAAAGUAGCAUUUACACGCCAAUCUUACUUGACCGCACAUAACAAGACACUCCUGCACAGGAAAGGUGAAAAACUAACCUACCCCAUGGAAAAGUACCUUGACCCAAAUAGACCAUUCAAAUGUGACGUAUGCAAAGAAUCGUUUACGCAAAAGAAUAUUUUACUUGUUCACUACAAUAGCGUGAGUCAUUUGCAUAAGUUGAAGCGAGCGAUGCAAGAACAACAGAAUAAUAACAACCCUCCCGUGUCGCCCGGGGCGGGCUCUGCGCCUUCUAAUUUGACACUCACUCCCAAGAGUACAUCGAGUGAAGAGGACGAUCGCAAACGAUACAAAUGCAACAUUUGUAAAGUAGCGUACACACAAGGCAGUACGCUGGACAUUCACAUGAGAUCAGUGCUACAUCAAACACGCGCUGGCAAAUUGCAAGAACUCGCCGCUGCCGGACACGUGGACUUGUCGCGACCCUUGGUAGAGCAGCCUGACCGGACCGACCCCGCCAAAAUUUUACAAGACGUGUUGUCGCCGAAAAAUACAUCCCCUUCGUCUACAAGCAGUGGGGGCCCGCGCUCCUCUCCCCCUGCGCGCCCAGGUAGCCCGCGAUCCCCGCGCGCAGGUAGCGCUUCGUGCGAACGCUGUCACGCGUCAUUCCCUACCGGGGAGCUACUCGACGCACAUCGAGCGACCUCAUGCCCGUUUGGCGAUGCGCGGGCGCAUUCGCCGCUAGGUGAAGCUGAAACAGCUGCACUUGACGAGAUGGUCGCCAAGGGCAACCCGCCCAAACGCAAUUCACAAAUGUAUAAACAACUUUUAGAAACUUUCGGCUUCGACCUCGUCAUGCAAUACAAUGAAAACCAGCGAAGAAAAAUGCAAGAAGAGCGAGAGAUGGCGCGCGUGCCGAGCCCGCCGCCUCCGCCUCCAGAAGAGAAGCCCCCGGAUGGUGAAACUAAAUCGACGUGUCAACAUUGCAACAAGGAGUUUUCUAGUGUUUUUGUUCUUAAAACUCAUUGUGAGGAAGUGCAUAAAGAUAAAGUACCGUUCGAAUUCCUGGAGCAAUUCGCCGAACAGUUCAAAUCGGAGUAUGAGAGGAAAUCAGGUGCGCCGAACUCUCCGCGGGCGGCCUCUCCUGCGCCGCAGGGUGAGAGGUCACCCUCUCCACGUGGUGAUAACAGUGCUAACUUCAAUGAAAAUGGAAACGCGCAGGGAGAUGCGCAAGCCGGUGCUUUGCUAGCUGCGCAAGUGCAAGAGAUGCAAGCAGCUCUGAACAUGAUCCAACUUCAGCAGCAGCUGGGUCAGCUGCACCCGAUGGUGGCUCAGAUGUUAUCGUUGGGGCUCCCUCUGGGCUUGAACGUGGGUGCUCUGGCAGCGAUGAACCUUCAGCCACCUCUGGUUCCUCUAAUGUUGCCUCCUCCGCCAUUCGACGCGAUGCCCUUCGCUCACGAUGCGCAAAUGAAACAACAGCAAUUAUUACAGCAACAGCAGCAGGCUAACGCUGCAGCUGGUCAAAAGAGAGCUCGUACUCGCAUCACUGACGAACAACUUAAAAUUUUGCGAGCUCAUUUUGACAUUAACAACUCGCCCAGCGACGAAGCUAUCGCGAAAAUGGCUCAACAGUCUGGACUUGCUACAAAGGUAAUCAAACAUUGGUUCAGAAACACUCUUUUCAAGGAGCGUCAGCGGAACAAGGAUUCACCUUACAACUUUAACAACCCUCCCUCCACGACACUCAACUUGGAGGAGUAUGAGAAGACAGGUGAAGCUAAAGUCACAACCUUGGAUUCAUCGGCUAGCUCAGAUGAAGGCAAGCCACCGCCUGAAAAAAAGGCAAAGAUUGAAGACAACAGCAUGAUUAUGCAACAGGAGGUAAAAUCAGAACCUAAUGAUGAACCAUCAAUGGAGGAAAAGUACAAUUCGUAUGAUGAUCGCCACCAGGAAGAUAAGAGCUUUAUCUUUCCUCAAGCACCAUCUCAGAGUCCUGCACCUUUACAGACUAAUGACCAUCAUCAUCAAAACAAAUCGCGACCGCAAACUCCCACGCAUAUAUCUCUAAACUCGCUGAUUCAAUCUCAAUUAGAUUCAAUCCCGGCUACGAGUAUACCGCAGCCGCCACAUCCAUCAAUGCUACCACCAAAACUGAAUCCUAAUUUCACGUCCCCAAACUCCGCGCCCCCGAACGUCCUACCUUUGACCCCGAAUCGCAGCCUCAGUCCUGGCAGGGGACCGGCCGAUUUCGGACUUUCCGGGGGCAAUUCGAACGGAUCCAACAGCUCAACGGGGUCUUCUGGCAAACGCGCCAACAGAACUAGGUUCACUGACUAUCAAAUCAAAGUAUUACAAGAGUUUUUUGAAAACAACGCAUAUCCCAAAGAUGAUGAUCUCGAAUAUUUAUCGAAGUUGUUGGGAUUAAGUCCAAGAGUAAUAGUAGUAUGGUUUCAAAAUGCACGCCAAAAAGCAAGAAAAGUUUAUGAAAAUCAACCAGCUGCAGACCCGCCUGCAAGCGCUACUGAUGACGCAAAUAGAUUUCAGCGCACCCCAGGCCUUAACUAUCAAUGCAAGAAGUGCCAAUUAGUAUUCCAAAGGUACUAUGAACUCAUAAGACAUCAGAAAACUCAUUGUUUUAAGGAAGAAGAUGCUAAAAGAUCAGCACAGGCGCAGGCGGCCGCAGCUCAAGUGGCUGCCACAUUGAGCAGUGAGGACUCAAACUCUAGCAAUGUUGAGCAUCACCCUCCCCAUGUGCCAGUUUCACCCGCUCCGCCGCGCACGCCAACCCCGGCCGCGCCGACCUACCCCGUGUCUCCAGCACCACCAGCGCCUUUAACGCCAGUAACUCCUCUAACACACGCUCCACGUGAAGAAAAGGAUGGAAAUUUUCAAUGUGAUAAAUGUAACUUAGUCUUCCCUCGGUUUGAUUUGUGGCGGGAACAUCAACUUGUUCACAUAAUGAACCCAAACCUAUUUCCCACAUACCCGCCGGAUUCCCCUUUUGGGAUCUUGCAGCAGCAUGCGCAGCUGCAACAAUUAAACGCAACCCUUGGGACUGAUGAGGCUCGACAUCCAUUAGUAGCUGCUCUCAACCAGCAAGUUGCUAAGAGGAAAUUUGAUGAAUAUGAAGAAGUGGACACUGGAGAACAACCAAAAGACAAGCGCUUAAGAACUACUAUUUUACCUGAACAACUGGAUUACCUCUACCAAAAAUACCAAAUCGAAUCUAACCCAUCGCGAAAAAUGCUUGAAAACAUAGCACGCGAAGUUGGACUAAAAAAAAGAGUGGUACAAGUUUGGUUCCAAAAUACACGAGCACGUGAGAGGAAAGGCCAGUUUCGUGCGCAUGCACAAGUCAUCAAUAAACGAUGUCCGUUUUGUCCAGCCUUGUUCAAGGUAAAGAGCGCACUAGAAAGUCAUUUGAGCACUAAACAUGCGGAUCAGUGUGCGAGAGGCGAAAUUAACGUAGACGCGCUGCCUGAUGAAGAAUUAAGUACAGAAUCAACACCUAGUUUUGGCUCCCAACAAAGUGACCGGCAGCAAAAUUUUUCCCAAGCGGGGGCUCCCAUGUUGCCCCCUAUUUUUCCACCUUUUCACUCAGACAUGGAGAAGUUUAUCAAGCAGUACAGUGAGGAGUCAAUGAAGCGCUACGUAAGUGAAUUACAAGCGCACGCCGCCGCCCAACAAAACGGUGGCGGAAACAAUGAAGUAUCUGAGCGACGCCCAGAACAUGGAAAAUCGGAGAUACCUUUAGAUCUCAGCAAACCUGUUGACCUGUCACGACCCGGAUCGGACGCCGACGAGCGUUCCGACACCGCUUCCGAGACUAUGGAGUUCUACGAGGAAGACGAGCCGACCUCACCUCUACCCGGCCAACAGCAGUCGGCGCGACCACCUGGCAAGCGAUAUCGUACGCAAAUGUCAUCCUUGCAAGUAAAGAUAAUGAAAUCAUUAUUCGGCGACUAUAAAACUCCUACUAUGGCCGAGUGCGAGGCGCUCGGGCGCGAAAUAGGGCUGCCCAAACGCGUGGUGCAAGUUUGGUUCCAAAAUGCACGUGCCAAAGAGAAGAAGGCGCGUCUGGCUGCCGGACUGAUGGAAGUGUCUGACGCGCCGCCGCCAGAGGAGUGUCGAGUGUGUGACUUCAAGUACAGUCACAAGUAUUCGGUACAGGACCAUGUGUUUACACGUGGUCACAUCGCCGCGGUGCGCGCGCGCCUGGAGAGCGGCGCGGGCGGCGGCGAGGACAGCACGCUCGCGCUCAUGCAGAUGGCGGCGCGGCUCGAGAGCGGCAUGGGCGGCGACCUGCACAACGCGUUCCUGCGGCCUCAGCUCGCCGGAAACGGACCUAGUGUCAACCCCGCAGCUCUUCAACCACAACCGCAAGGCUUAAUAGUGGAGACGGGGAACGGCGCCAGCGUGCUGCAGCUGCCCGCGAGCACUCUGGAGCAGAUCCGGCACAUCGCGGGGGACCCGGGCGCGUCCACGCUGCGCCUGCCGCCGCCCGCCACCGAGGCCCCGGCCGGCGCGCGCGAGCUGGACUUCGACCUGUGCUACGUGUGCAAGCACUGCAAGGUGGCGUUCCCGUCGCCGGCGCCGCUGCAGGCGCACCAGGCACGCUCGUGCUACGUGGGGCGCGAGGCGGCGCGCGGCGUCAUCCGCGUGGUGCAGCCCGCGCUCGAGUGCCGCGCCUGCCCCGCCGAGCGCUUCCGCACCGCGCUCGAGUUCCGCCGCCACGCCGAGACUGAGCAGCACCUGCGGAACUGCAUGCCGCAGCCGCAGCUAGUGCAGCAGCCAGAGACCCUCACGCACGAGAUGGAGGAUGUAGUGAACCAGAUCACGCUGCUGGCCGCCCGCGCCGCGCAGGAGACCGCUCCACCCAAGGACCCGAACGCCAACUUCUGCGCGCCCGGGCCACGCUUCCAGCCUCCCGGCGAGCUCCCCCUGGCGAGCGCCGGACACUAAUCCUACUCUGAAGAAAUGUAUAGUUACUAUCUAUUAGAGCCCCUCGCUCUCUCCGUUGUCCGACAACGCAGCAGUUCACUAUUAGCUCUUAACGCUUCUUUUCGUUGAUGAAUGUCGCCGCAGAAGCGGCACUUUCCUAGUUAUAUUUAAAGCUUGUAGUUGUUUAAGUAUAGGUUAAUGGGAGUCCGGCGCGGCGGUUGUCGCGUGACGGCCGCCGCUCGCCGCUCCGCCGUCGCCGCGCACUGGGACGCGGCGGCGGCAGCGCCCCGGCCGCGCCGCGCGCCCGCACUUCAUAUCAUACGUUAGACAGGUUUUAUUAUAUACGUUUAUCGUUGCGGCAGCGCGCGCGCCGCGGUUGGAGUCGCCACACACUCUUAACAUCAAUUCCCAGGAAAGCAAGUUCCUAUCUUUAUGGCAUAUAAUAUUAUCGAUAUUGAUAAUUACGAUUUAAUUAUUGUUUAAAGCUAUGUAAUACAUACAUAUAAUCGUUCUAAUUUUAGGCAUAGAUACGUUCUCGUAAGAAGUUCCUGACGCAUCGUAAAUGUAUGGAGAUAUAUAUAGUGAUAUACGUAUAUGAUUUUUUUAAACAUGAAGCGAAGUUAGGUACGUAUGUUAGGCAGUAGAGCGGUCGUCCUCUCUCGCGGGUUCCACGCUCAGGAAACGGCGUGAACUCACGCACACGCAACUGAUCUACAUGGAAGUACCUCGAGUAUUAUGUUGUGCGGCUGUCGCUCGCACGGCGCCGCAUCGCGCCCUACAUGCGAUGUGUAAGCACCGCGCGACUCAGAGCUUCUAGCGCGCAGAGCCGCCCGCGGAGACGCGACGACACCGCGUAGGCUUAUUGGUAACACUUAAUUAUAAUAAUUAUUAUCGUAGCAAACUUUUCCAAAACGAACGAACUCGAAACUCGGGCUGCGCGCUAGCGCUCAGCCUACCUCGCAAACAAGUGAGUUUAUUUUGGAACUAAGUGUGAUUCUUGAAUUUUUAUUGAUAUUGUAAUGAUUAUUAGUAGUGGCGUAAGUGAGUCCAGUGUCCGAAGGCGUGGGGGGCGGGGGGCGGCGGGCGGGCACGUCUCGCCCGGCGCCUCCAGCUUCGACCGCUUUACCGAGUGCGUGGAGUCCCUAAUAUUUUCGAUGGCACAGAUCACGUUAUUAAAAAUAUUUUACAUAUUUACAUUUUAUCUAGCGGAGUGUACUACAAUAUUUUAUCUACGAGUGGAUCCUACUACAACAUUGAGUUUGUUUUUUUAUAAAGUGCAAUGUUUUAUUCCACCGGUUGCCGGCGGUCCUUGUUAUGUGUAUACAUGCUGGUGUGUGUGCAAUGUGCCGAUGCUCGAGCGCGCCCCCUCUCUCCGCGACUACUCCCAGCGGCGUCUGGGGUUACACCUCAAGGUUAAUAUUGUCAAAAUUACAUUUGGAAAUGAAAUAGAUUUUUAUAUAUAAUGAUAUUCGAGUCAACACCAGUAAAGAUUACAUUGUAAUAUUUAUCAGUCGACACGCGAGAGGUACAGAGAGAGGAGACGGCGCGUGGUCGGAGGCGGCGCGCUCGAGCGCUGUUAGUUCGCGAAGGCGCGCGUCUACAACACAAUUAUUUUGUUUGAUUAGUAUUUAAUAUGAUUGGUUAGGCGCCACCGCACGUGACGGCGAGAUAUUUAUUUUGAUUGGUUUGUAAUCGGGAGUAUAUGUACGUGUAAGUUUGAGUUAGAGUAGGUGGACGUGUGGGUAGUGCGAUGUUGUGUCUCCGCGCGGCGAGAGCCCGCGGAAUGAAUCAUGGUUCCUAUGUAUAUUUCAAUAUUAUCGCAUCUAGAGUUUCACUAUACUUUCCGAAUACAAAUUUUAAUAUUUAAGAUUAAUUCGGACUAGUCUGUUGUGUCUGCUGCUAGAGGUGCCGCCACGGCCAUGUUAUUUGUUUCUUUGUAUAAUAUCGUUUACUUCAGACUUGUCGAACUCUCAUGUAUAUUUUAUUUAUUUCUGUUAAUAGUGAAACCUUUUGUGUAGAAUUUUGAAGCCCUCUAGAUAUUACAUAAUGUUGGUUACGAAUAUUAGUUUAUGAUCGUAAAAAGGUAGCAUUCAAAGCCUAUCAUAGUUCCUAAUACUGUAUUGUAAUACUAAAAUUAUUUUAAAGUUCUUUACUAGUAAAAUAUACCGUUCCUACUAUUUUAAAUCUGUGACAAGAUGUUAAAUGUAUACACGAAGUAAAAGUCAAGAUUCACUUUCAAUUUUGUUGGUAUGUUAACUGAGGUGUUCUUUAAUUGUAAUUUAUUUUUGGUACAGUUGAGAAAAAGUCCUUAUUAACUAAUUGUAAAACUAAAGUCUGUUAUACAUUGUAUCUCUACACGGAUUUUUUU